CACGCCAGAUUAAAAAGCAAAAAAAAAGGUUCUGCAUGUGCACUUCCACUUCUUCCCAUUUCAAUAACCUUUUGACUACACAAACCGAAGGUUGAUGCUGUCUACCUUGAACUUUCCAUCUCAGGUUGACCACUACUACUAGUACUCCAUACAUGGCUAUCCUCAUUGUUCUUCUCAUUGUCUAAGCCCGCAAUUACCAAUAUUUCCUUCCACAAUUAAGCUUCUAAAUCUCUCGCAUUUGCAUUCAUGGCUACUCAAACACCCUCUUCAUCUUCUUCCGAACAUACUAAGAAGAGAAAAAGAGACAAUUCAUCUUGUUCAUCUACUUCCGAACAUACUAAGAAGAGAAAAAGAGGCAAUUCAUCUUGUUCGGAAGAGCAUGAAAAAAUCAUAACCUCUUCCCCAACUUCUUCCUCGAAGUCGACGCCUAGAUGGAAAUAUGAAGUUUUCCUUAGUUUCUAUGGCAAAGACACUCGCAUGAGCUUUACGGAUCAUCUAUAUGUUGAUUUAAAACGGAAAGGUAUUCUCGUCUUUAGGGAUGAUGAAGUCAAGCGAGGAAAAUGCAUUUCUCAACAGCUUUCGCAAGCAAUUCAAGAAUCCCAAUAUGCCAUAGUCAUUUUUUCAACAAAUUAUGCUUCUUCCAAAUGGUGCCUUAGGGAACUUGCUGAGAUUGUUGAAUGGGAGGAAAAGAAGAAUCUCACAAUUAUUCCUAUUUUCUACCAUGUGGAUCCUUCAGAUGUAAGAAAUCAAAGAGGGACUUUUAAUGAAGCUUUUGCCGCACAUGAAAAAGAUCCCAAGGUAGACAUCAAAGAGAUUGAUACGUGGAGAAAUGCUUGCAUAAAAGUCGGUAAUCUUGCCGGAGAGCACAUAAAGGGGGACAGGUACGAAUCAACAAUUAUACAAGAAAUCGGUAGACGUAUGUCUCAUGAGUUGAAUUCUAGAUUCUCACGUCAUGAUUACGAUAAACUUGUUGCAAUAGACUCCCACAGAAUGAUAGAGUUAUUGUAUAGGGAAUCGGAUGAUGUUCGCAUUAUAGGAAUUUUUGGGAUCGGCGGCAUGGGUAAGAGAAACAUGUCUAGAAUAAUUUAUGAUAGAGUUUCUAAUUGUCGAUUUGAAAGAAGAAGCUCUAUUUCUUGUAUUAGAGAAGAAUCUAAAGAUCGUGGUCUAGCUUCUUUACAAAAACAACUUCUUUCUAUGAGCAUAGAAGAAGAAAUACAAAUAUGGGAUCAAAAGCACGGAGAUCGGAUGAGAAAGAAGAUGUUGCGUAAUAAAAAGGUUUUUAUUGUCCUCGAUGAUGUGGAUAGUGACGACCAACUAACGGCAUUAGCAGGGGAUCGGAAAUGGUUUGGUCCAGGGAGUCGGGUGAUCAUAACAUGCAGAGAUAGUCAUCUAUUGAGAACAUAUGAAGUGAAUCCUAUCUAUAAGGUUGAGCAGCUUGAAAUAGAAGAAGCUUUGCAACUCUUUAGUUUGUCAGCCUUCAAGGAAACCCAUCCAAUAGAGGAUUACAUGGAUCUAUCUAUGGAUUUUGUAAAUUAUGCUCAAGGCCUUCCUUUGGCUCUUAAAGUUUUGGGUUCCUUGUUAUUUGGGAGAAAAAUAGAUGCAUGGAAAAGUGAGAAAGAUAAACUAAAAGCAAUUCCUGAUCCAAAAAUUAUGGAUGUACUUCAAAUAAGUUUUGAUGGGCUGCAGGAAUUGCAAAAAGAGUUAUUUCUGGAUCUGGCGUGUUUGUUCCGAGGACAACAUAAGGUGGAUAACAAAUUUUAUGAUGACAUGGCAGAAAGUUUUGGUCAUUAUCGCAUUGAUGUUGACGUUCUCAUUGAGAAGUCCCUCUUAAGCAAAUCAGAAUACGGAUUGUUGUCCAUGCAUGAUUUGCUAAAAGAAAUGGGCCAGGAAAUAGUUCAGCGUGAAUGCCCUCAAGAACCAGGAAAACGUAGUAGAAUGUUUCUUUUGGAGGAUCUCUAUCAAGUAUUGAAGAAUGAUGCUGGAAUUGAUGCAAUUAAAGGCAUAGCUGUGUAUUCUUGUCUUGAAAUGAAACAGAGACUCAAUGCCAAAGCAUUGUCAAGAAUGAGAAAAUUGAGAUUUUUUAAAUUCCAUCAGUCUCCAUCUAUAAAAUGGCAUGGAAAACCUUUAAAAUACAUGCAAACCAAUGAGUUGCGAUUCAUAGAGUGGUUUGGAUAUCAUUUGAAAUCAUGGCCGAGCAAUUUCCAACCAAAAAAUCUUACUGUACUAAGGAUGUAUAAUAGCCAGAUCAAACAAUUAUGGAAGGGGUCAAUGGAUUUAGACAAUUUGAAGGAAUUAGAUCUGAGUGAUUCUGAGAACUUGAUUGAAACACCAGAUUUGAGUGGAGCCCCAAAUCUUGAGAUAAUAUACUUCAAAAAUUGUAGAAGUUUGUGUGAGGUCCACCCAUCCAUCAAUGAGCUCAAACGAUUAGAAGAUUUAAGAAUGUCUGGUACCGGAAUCAAACAGCUAUGGAAGGGGACGUUGGUGGUUUUACAAAAUUUGAAGAUCUUAGAUCUGAGUUAUUGUAAGAACUUGAUUGAAAUACCAGAUCUGACAGGAGCUCAAAAUCUAGAGGGAAUAAACUUUACAGGUUGUACAAGCUUGUGUGAGGUCCACCCAUCCAUCAAAGUGCUCAAACAAAUACAAACAAUAAUAAUGGUUGGCAUUGGAAUCAAACAACUAUGGAAGGGAACGUUGGUGGUUUUACACAAUUUGAAGAUCUUAGAACUGAGUUAUUGUAAGAACUUGAUCGAAACACCAGAUUUGACAGGAGCCCAAAAUCUUGAGGAAAUAUACCUUACAGGUUGUACAAACUUGUGUGAGGUCCACCCAUCCAUCAAAGUGCUCAAACAAAUACAAAAAAUAAUGAUGAUUGGCACUGGAAUCAAGCAAAUAUGGACGGGGACGUUGGUGAUUUUGAUGCAGAGAUCGAGAAGGAGGAGGAGGCUGAGCCCGAGGAGGCGGCUCCAUAUUCAGAGCAAGAUUUACUACCUUAAGAGUGACAUUGAAGUUAUCUCUUUAAACGAGACACUCAGGAUAUAG